UCUAUGAUUCUGUUUUCCUCUUGAGUAUUGGUAGGCACUGGAUGAUGGAACUCCAUUUUCACCCUUCAUCUUUUCAAAGUGCACAUGCUGAUGUUAAAGCUGUCCGGGGUGUCUUAGGGACAUUUGUAUUCACAGGGCUUUUAAAAGCUAGCCAGAGCAGAUCGUUUCAACUGCAGUUCCCUUUUUCAGGGCUGAGGGAGCAUGAGCCAUUUGCAGAACUUACUGUUAGAUACACUCCUGGGAACAAAGCAUGUGGACAGUGCAGCCCUCAUCAAACUCCAGGAGCAGAGCCUAUGUGUAGCAUCACCUGGAUUUAGUGUAAUGCCCAGUGAUGUCCGAACACUUGUGAAUGGAUUUGCCAAGAACCCUUUGAAAACCAGAAGAGAAGGAUUGUAUUUCAAGGAGAAGGACUACAAAUGUGUCCGGGCAGAUGACUAUUCUCUUUAUGCUAAGAGUGAAAACACUGGUGUGGUUGUUGUGAAGACCCAUCUGUAUCUUCUGGUGGCAACUUACACUGAGGGCAUGUAUCCUAGUGUCUGUGUGGAAGCCACAGAGAAAUUGGGAGAAUAUCUAAGAAGAAAAGGAAAUUAA